AUACAUGAACCGCCCAAAAAAAGCAUAGAGAACGAAGACAUAACGCGGCUAGUUUUGCUAGCUUCCAGCUAGCCCAGCAGCAAUCUCAAAUUAGCGAAACAUGGCUGCCGUGCUCCCCCCGAGACCACCGUGCGACAGCAACCCCGCUACGCCCGGAGCACAAUCCCUAAAGGAGGACAUAACAGGAGAUGAGUCCAAUGAUGGAAGCCAGCCUCCAAAAAGGCGACGAAUGGGUUCAGGGGACAGUUCAAGAAGUUGUGACACCUCCAGUCAAGACCUUGGGCCAACAUAUUUCCCAGCAGAGAACUUGACCGAAUACAAGUGGCCAGCAGAUGACACGGGAGAGUAUUACAUGCUGCAAGAGCAGGUCAGCGAGUAUCUGGGAGUCACAUCCUUCAAGAGGAAGUACCCGGAUAUGGAAAGAAGGGACCUAUCACACAAAGAGAAGCUCUACCUACGUGAACAGAACGUGAUCACUGAGACACAGUGCACUCUGGGUCUAACAGCUCUGCGGAGUGAUGAGGUCAUAGACCUGAUGAUAAAAGAGUAUCCUGCCAAGCAUUUAGAGUACUCGGUCAUUCUUCAGGAGAGAGAGCGACAGAGGAUAGCUAAAGAGUACUCUCAAAUGCAGCAGCAGAACCCUCAGAAGGUGGAGGCCAGCAAGGUUCCAGAGUACAUUAAGAAGGCGGCCAAAAAGGCGGCCGAGUUCAACAGUAACUUCAAUAGGGAGCGAAUGGAAGAGAGGAGGGCCUAUUUUGACCUCCAGACACAUGUUAUCCAAGUGCCCCAGGGCAGGUUCAAGGUGCUUGCCCCAGAACUGACCAGGACGGGGCCCUACCCAGUUGCUCUUAUACCAGGGCAGUUCCAAGACUACUACAAAAGGUACUCUCCCAAUGAGCUGCGUUACCUGCCUUUGAACACAGCCCUGUUUGAGCCUCCGCUGGAUCCAGAACUCCCUGCGCUGGACUCAGAACCUGACUCGGAUGAUGCAGAGGAUGAUAAAAAGAACAAGAACUCCUCUGACAGCUCUUCAGGCAACACAUCAGACGGUGAAAGUCAGGAGGGAGGAGCCCACAAGUCCAAGCCCAAAGACAGGAUGUCCACGCUGGGCAAAGAUGGCAGCCACCGCCACUCCCACAAAGUCACCCCCGGGUACAAGCCUAAGGUCAUUCCCAAUGCUAUAUGUGGCAUUUGCCAGAAGGGUAAAGAGGCCAACAAGAGAGGCAAACCUGAGGCGCUCAUUCACUGCUCCCAGUGUGAUAACAGCGGACACCCGUCCUGUUUGGACAUGAGCGAGGAACUGGUGUGCAUGAUCCGGACAUACCGCUGGCAGUGCAUGGAGUGUAAAACGUGCACCGUGUGCCAGCAGCCCCACCAUGAGGACGAGAUGAUGUUCUGCGACAAGUGUGACCGAGGCUUCCACACCUUCUGUGUUGGCAUGGGCUCCAUCCCCACAGGUCUUUGGCUGUGUGAGGUGUGUGAUAAAGAUUUCAGCACACCCAAGAAGAAAGGUGGAGCGAAAACGCCAAAGAAACCCAAGUCAGUGCAAAAGUGACUUCAGUGAACUCCAAAAGACCACAACCAGGGGUCGCCAACCUUUUUGAAACUGAAAGCGACUUAGUGGGGCAACACUUAAGAUCAAGUCAAAAGGGACGAGAGAACAGUGGGUACAACAACAGUCAGAUCAACAACUAUAAUCUCUACAAGUGUUUACAUUUUCAACUGAUCAAUUAUACCACAUUCCUAGGAAAUCACAAUGUCCCCUCACUGGUGAGCUAUGUUUAGAACAAGCCUGUGGGUUACUCAUGUGGUCCUUGGGGGCUAUCUUGUGCCCGUGGACACAGUAUUGGUGACCCCUGAGCUAGACUGAAUGAUGAUAUUUAAUCGCAAGUGCUGUUUGGGGAUCUGCAAUUUCAAUUUAAGCACCCCAACUAAAUCUAGUGACCAACUUUUGACAAGCUGUUACCAAUAGGCAAGUAAUAUGCAGCGGCUGAAAUAAGUAUUUAACACGUCACCAUUUUUCCCAUUAAAUAUAUUUCCAAAGGUGCUAUUGACAUGAAAAUUUCACCAGAUGUUGGGAACAACCCAAGUAAUCCAUACAGACAAAGAAGAAGAAUCACCUUUUAUUGUCAUGAAUGCAAGAAAGUAGAACAAAUAAACUCAGAAAUUAAGUUGUGUGUAGUAAUGUGAAAUGUCACGGAAAAAGUAUUGACCACGACAACUGAUAUUUAUUUAAUACUGUUGUACAAAAGCCUUUUGUUUGCAAUGACAACUUCAAGACGCCUCCUGUUUGGAGAAACUAGUCGCAUGCAUUGGUCUGGUGUGAUUUUAGGCCAUUCCUCCACACAAGCAGUCUUCAAAUCUUGAAGGUUCCGUGGGCUGCUUUUAUGGACCUUGACUUUCAGUUCUUUCCGUAGAUUUUCAAUUGGAUUCAAGUCAGGUGAUGGGCUGGACCAUUCUAGCAGCUUUAUUUUUUUUUUUGGAACCAAUUGAUAGUUUCCUUGGCAGUAUGUUUUGGAUCAUAAUCCUGCUGAAAUGUCCACCCUCGUUUCAUUUUCAUCAUCCUUAUAGAUGGCAGCAGAUUUUUGUCAAGAAUGUCUCUGUACAUUUGCCCAUUCAUCCUUCCUUCAAUAACGUGAAGUUUACCAGUACCAUUUUAUGAAAAGCAGCCCCACACCAUCAUGUUCCCACCUCAGAAAUUCACUGUUGGUACGGUGUUUUUAGGGUGAUGUGCAGUGCCAUUUUUCCUCCAAAAGUGGUGUGCUUUAUGGCAUCCAAACAGUUCAAUUUUGCUCUGAUCCGACCAGACUAUAUUCUCCCAGUAUUUAACUGGCUUGUCCAAAUGUUGCUCAGCAAACUUUAAACAAGCUUUAACAUGCGUUUUUUCAGCAAUGGGGUCUUGCGUGGCGAGCGUGCAUACAGGCUAUGACGGCGGAGUACAUUACUCACUGUUUUCUUUGUGACAACAGUACCUGCUAAUUCCAGGUCUUUUUGAAGCCCAGGUGGUCCUUGGCUCUUGGACAACUCUUCUGAUUAUUCUUUGCACUCCUCUGUCAGAAGUCUUGUGAGGAGCACCUGAUCGAGGUAAUUUAUGGUGGUAUGAUUGGCUUUCCACUUUUGUAUUAUGGCCCCAACUCUGCUCACUGGAACGUUCAGAAGCUUAGAUAUGCGGCUUUAACCAAUGCCAUCGUUAUGUUUUGCAACAAUUAGUUUGCGAUGGUCUUGAGACAGCUCUCUGUUCUUACCCGUCAUGAGAUGUGUCUUGACUCACACCUUGGCAGUGAGACCUUUUUGUAGGCCAUAAUUUAGGACUGAACCAGCUGAUAUUCAUUUGCACUGACAAGGGGCUGGAUUGCUGUUUGAUGAUUGGUAGAUUUGAGGUGUUGUCUUGGCUUUCCAUGCCUUUUUGCACCACCCUUUCUUCAUGUAUUCAAUACUUUUUCUCUGUGUCAUUUCACAUAUUUAUACACAACUUCAUUUCUGAUCUUAUUUGUUCUACUUUUUGUAUGUAUGGAUUACUUGGGUUGUUCCCAAAAUCUAGUGAGAUUUUCAGGUCAAUAGCACCUUUGGAAGUAUAUUUAGUGAGAAAAAAUGUGACGUGCUAAAUACUUGUUUCAGCCUCUGUACCUGUAAAUGCAAAGAUGACCACACAAAAGUCAGGUUAGUGUCUUACUGUACACUACUAACCAAGAGGGAGACGUAUAUUUCCAGACUUUCAGUAUCCAUUAGAGAUAGAAAAUGUGAUCUUUUAAUUAUUAUUAUUAUUUUUUUAAUUAAUGGGAUGGGAUAAUCUGUUCAGAAUUCCACUGUCAUCUUGGACACUACAAUGCUCGCUGGAGUUGUGAGGUAGUGGAGGUAUGUCUGGAAGUAGCUAAACUUGGUCAUAUUGUUCUUCAGGCCACAAACUAAUUGAACUUGAAACCGUUGUUUGCAGCCAAGUACUGCACUCCAUUUUUCCAAAAUUGCUUCAAGAUCAAUGAACAAUUCCACAUUAAUUCAUUAUUAUGCCCAUCAUAAGCAUCCACACCUGCUAAGAAACAGGGAAGCGCUAACUUCUUAGCAAGACAACGAUGACAUGAAAACAAGAUAAUACACUGUUUAAUAUUGUUAGAUUCCCAUGAUAUCAAUCUUUGUAGACUUUUUUUUUCCACCCCCCACUCCCUUUUUAUUUAAAAAAUAUUUUUUUUUUUUUUGGUGUCACCAUUUAUGGCAUUAUAGUACUAGUGUUUGCAUGUUAUCCCCAUGCCUGGGUGAGUUUUCUCCGGGCACUCCAGUUUCCUCCCACAUCCCAAAAACAUGCGUGUUAGGUUGAUUGGAGACUCUAAAUUGCCCUUAGGUGUGAAUGUGAGUGCGAAUGGUUGUUUGUUUCUAUGUGCCCUGUGAUUGGCUGGCGACCGGUUCAGGGAGUACCCCGCCUCCCGCCCGGAGAUGGCUAGGAUAGGCUCCAGCAGCCCGCGACCCUAGUGAGGAUAAGCGGUAAAGAAAAUGGAUGGAUGUUUGUUAGCAAUGUUACACAAUUUAUAAACUCCAUCUGACUCUUUAACAGUGUAUCUUUCUGGACCAAAACGUGUAAGGGAUAAAGCUGUUUUGGCUGAAUAAAUGGUGCUUUUUUUUUUUUUUUAUUUUAUUUUUUUUAAUCUAGUUGUUAAAAAGCAAAGGUCAGGCUCGUAGAUUUCAAAUCAUUUUAUUUUGUUGUGCAGUCUUAUUUAAAUGUUUCUUGAAUUCUGUGAUGGUGCUAAUGAUCUUUUGAAAUUUAGUGUCAAGUUUUUGUCCUGUUCAUUAACAAAAGUUUCUUUAUGUAAAUAAAAUUUUCACCGUACUUACCUUGUAAUAAUGCCUCUGACUGCAACAAGUAUGUCAAUCACAGCUACAGUAAAUCUGCUCGUAUUUUUGGAUUUGUCUUGAAAAAGUAUUUUUGUACUUUUCUAAACAUGUUCUGUAGUGGUACGGAAUGGUAAUUUGUUGAUGUCUUAGUCACUGAACAAUGUUGUUGUUGUUGUUUUUUAAACUAAACUGUACUUAUAAGAAAUAUAUCAGUAUGUCUUUUUUUUAAUUAAGAGUGUGAUUUGUGUAAAAGAUGCAAAUGUCAAAGUGCCAGGAUUGGGCCGAUAUAUCUAAAUAUAUAUCAGUGGAAACUGGUUUUCAUAUGUAUAUAUUUUUUUAUAUAAUUUAUUUUGUCUCCAAUAUUGCAUUCCAUGCUGUUAGGUUGUUUUGCCCUUGU